CCUUUUUUUGUUUUUUUUGAAAGAAUGGAUUUCCGUCCCUGAUAAUAAUGUCAUGAAAAUCCUUUUUAUACUGAUCCCCGCCCAACGGGUUGUGACAAACCCUAGCUCUCCAAUUCUUGCUUUCUUGAAUCCAUCUACAGAUCAUUCAUGAAAUUUACAAGUUUGAGCCAAGGCAAGGGAUUCUAUUUCCCUCCAUGCCAAAUACUUAAUAUUUGCGGCCUUCGGGUAUUAUUUGAUUGCCCCUUGGACCUUUCCGGGCUCUCGAUAUUCUCCCCAAUUGGUUUUGAUGAGGAAGAAUAUAAAGUUAGUUCGUGUAACGAGCUUAGGGAAUCUGAGUGUUUGGAUAGAAAGAGGCAGAAAGUCGAGAAACCCCUUGAUGCAAGUAAUUUGAUACAUUCUGAACCAUAUUAUAAAACAGUCAAUGAUUUGCAUUUGUGGAAUGCUUCGUUCAUAGAUGUUGUGGUGAUUUCGAGUUAUAUGGGUAUGCUUGGUUUGCCGUUUCUUACUCGACAAAAAGGAUUUUCUGCCAAGAUUUAUGCAACUGAAGCAACAGCAAGACUUGGAAAGCUGAUGAUGGAGGAUCUAGUUGCAAUGCAUGCAGAAUUUAGGCAGUUAUAUGGACCUGGGGAGUCUGGUUGCACACAGUGGAUGAAAUGGGAAGAACUUGACAUGCUUUCAUCUGUAAUAAAAGACAUUGUCAUCGGCAAAGAUGGGACAGAGCUAGGUAGUUGGAUGCCAUUGUACAGUGCAGCAGACGUGAUGGAUUGCAUGCAGAAGGUUCAGGCUCUUAAGUAUGCGGAAGAGGCCUGCUAUAAUGGGACAUUGCUCAUAAUGGCAUUGAGCUCUGGUUUGGAAAUUGGCACAUGUAAUUGGACCAUAUGCGGCCCAAAAGGAACUGUAUCUUACCUUUCAAGCUCUUGCUUUGUCUCUUCAACGUCAAUGGAUUUUGAUUAUCAUGGUUUUCAAGGAAGUGAUAUGAUUAUCUAUUCUGAUUUUACCACUUGGAAAAGUGGGAACGAUGUUGAUGAUUACAGUAGUUACUCAGCUCCAUCUACUUCCAAGCUUUCAGAUUUCAGCGAGGAUGAUUGGAAAGUGAGAGCUGAAUCCUUGCUGAAACUAGACGAAGGCGAAGAGGAGGUAGAGAAAUUGAGUUUUCUAUGCACGUGUUGCAUCGAUUCUAUCAAAUCUGGAGGUUCUGUCGUCAUACCCAUAGGACGUCUCGGAAUCAUCCUGCAGCUUCUUGAGCAGAUAGCAGAUUCCCUAGAGGCAUCAAAUAUAAAGGCCCCAAUAUUUGUUAUAUCUUAUGUAGCAGACGAGUUAUUGGCAUACACCAAUAUCAUUCCAGAAUGGUUAUGCAAGCAACGGCAAGAAAGGAUGUAUUCCGGUCAAUCUCUCUUUGGUCAUGUUGAUCUUCUGAAGAAUAAAAGGCUUCGACUCUUUCCUACUCUUCAUUCACUUGAGUUACUAAAGAGUUGGGAGGAACCAUGCGUAGUCUUUUGUCCUCAUUGGAGUAUGCGACUUGGCCCUGCUGUUCACUUGCUUCGGCGGUGGUGUGGGGACCCAAACUCUUUACUAAUUAUGGAGGAUGGAGAAGAUACUGAAUUGGCAUUCUUACCUUUCAAACCUAUGACAAUAAAGGUCCUUCAAUGUUCUUUUCUCUCCGGAAUAAAGUUGCAGAAUAUUCAACCUUUGUUAGAUAUAUUGCAGCCAAAAGUUCUUAUGAUCCCUGAAAAUUCAAGGCAAUAUAUACCAACAUUCAACACAUCUAUUUCAUUGAAAUAUUUCCCUGAAAAGGAAACGUUGUGCAUACCAAAAGUGAAGACUGCCUCCGAAUUAAACAUUGCUGCAGACUUGACUAUGCAAAUCCUAUCGAAGAAUUUGAAACAUAAAGAAACAAGUAUAGCAAGAUUGAAGGGAAGCCUUUUGUUGGAGCAUGGCAAGCAACAUCUAAUAUUUCAGAAGAAUCAAGAAGCUUCUUCGCAGACCAAGUCAUUGCUGCACUGGGGCAAGCUUGAUCCUAAAGAUCUUUUAGUGUCAUUGCAGAAAAUGGGCAUAAAUGGAUAUGUAGAGCAAGAAAACAGUGACACUGAAUCAGAAAGUCUCACUAUCAUGCAUAUAUCAGAGCCGAGGAAAGCAUUGAUAGAGAUGAAAGGGACAAAUACAGUUAUUAGCACUGAUGAUGAAGAUAUGACGGCCCUGAUAUGCGAAGCCAUAAGUAGCAAUUUGGAUUGUAUCUGAAACUGGUUAUACCAGAUACACAUGUAAAUAAAUUGAAUAGAAUGUAAAUACAUCUUUUGCUUGCAUCGGUUCUUUAAGAAACAUCAAAACUGUUCUCAAGUUCUAUUUUGGGAAGAAAUAGUUAUUUUCUUAUAUAUAAUUUAACACACUCA